GUGACUAUUGUCAUCUAAAAAAAAGAUGAUAAUUUUGAAAGACCAGAAAAAAUAAAGUAAAUGGUAUUGAUUGAGACAAAAUAUGACUCGUGAUUUUUCAAGUCGCAACACGAACCGGUUGCACACUCUUAAAAUAGUUUCCCUGGUGUAGGUAACUGGCUUUUUAUGUGAGAAGCUAUUCAAUUUAAACAUCAAUAUUUAAUAUUUAUAUAAAGGACACGAUGACGUGUUCGCAGAAUUUAAUUCUGAUGGGAACCACGACGAUUAUUAUGAUUAUCGGUAUGACUGCCGUGAGUUUUACUGCAGCAUGCAACGAAGCUAUUUGUGCAAGUGUCGUGAGCAAAUGUAUGCUUACUCAGAGUUGCAAGUGUGACCUCGUCACCUGCACUUGCUGUAAGGAAUGCUUCUCAUGUUUAUCUUACCUAUAUGAUGAAUGCUGCUCCUGUGUUGAUUUGUGUCCAAAACCGAAUAUAACCGACAAUCCUCUGAGUAAAAAAUCACACGUGGAAGAUUUUGCUGAACCUGUGCCAGGACUUUUUCAAGCACUCACUGCUGAACCUGAUCCUCACGAAAGAUGGAUCACUUUUACUUAUCCAGUUGACUUUGAUGUCUCGUUAUUCCAGCCUAAAUCUGAGAAAGAAAUAAAUUAUCAAAUGCAAACUGUCGAAGAGGAAGUUCAUCACCCAUUGAAGCCAAAUGUAAUGACCGUAAAUUGUACAGUAGCUUAUAUGGCUCAGUGCAAUUCAUGGAAUAAGUGCCAAGCAUCCUGCCAAAGCAUGGGAGCAACGAGUUACAGAUGGUUUCAUGAUGGUUGUUGUGAAUGUAUCGGUGACACGUGCAUCAAUUACGGAAUAAAUGAGUCACGAUGUCUUCAUUGCCCUGCUGAUAAAGAAGGUGAUGAGCUCAAAGAUCAAUAUGAUGAUUAUGGACAAGAUGAUGAAGAUCUGAGUGAAGAGCUCGACUAAGUUCAACAUUUAAAUCCAAUUCUUUAAAUGUGAAUUCCUCUUUUUAAGAAUAAUUGUAUAAUAUUUUAUGUGACCUGCAAGUUAUAUACUUAUAUCUACGUUUAUCUUACAUAUUACGAUUGUAUCAUCUUCAUCUCUAAGUCCCAAUAAAAUCAUUUCAUGUAAUUAAUAACAUUUAAAACUAUGUAAAUCAUCUACUAAUUUUAUUUUCUUUAUAGUUUUAAUUCAUUAUUGAUAAAUUAAAUAAUUUUAUAAAUAUGGAAGUUAGUCAUAUUAAUUAUUAUAUAUUGCCAGGUUUAUAUUUAUAGAUUCGAAAUACAUAAUCUAACAAAACAAGA